GGUGCCUCAUGGAGCUAUUCAUUGCUUCAUUCUGUCCUCAUUAUGCCAAGAACCGGACAAUCUUUGAACACUUCAUACCAGUCCUGCAGUCAGCAUGAGCUCAAAAUACACCAGCAAACUGAUCCAACCAAUAACCAGUUUGGAAAAAGCUUGGCCUGUUCACCCAUGACAGACCUUAUGCAGCAGGAUGUUGGGAAUGGAUUGUCAGAGAAAACGAGCAUUGAGGAGGUUCUGGCAGGUGCAGAACUGGCCCCAGCCCAAUCGCUGUGGACUAAAGAGGUCAGCGGAUCAGUUCAGCUGAGAAUGGAUGAACUUUGUCCAGAACACCCCAUCACUGUGCAUCAGAUGUUUACCAACUCAGUUCAGAAGUACGGGAAGCUGACCGCUUUGGCAAGCAAAAGAGGAAACAAGGGUAUAAUGGCAGGUAUCUAUACCACAAACUCACCAGAUGCCUGCCUCUAUGUUGCUAAUGUCUCAAGAGCCAACAUCAUUGUUGUGGAAAAUCAAAAGCAGCUGGAUAAGAUUUUAGAGGUAAAGGAUAAGCUUAAUUCCACACUUAAAAGCCAUAGUACAAUAUUCUGGAUCUUUGAAGGAGAAGUUGCCCAAUCUCUAUUCAUGGGAAGAGUUCAUGGGACUAGGACCGGAAGUCUCUGAUCAAGAACAAGAUAAAGCAAUCUGCAGCCAGAAAGCCAAUCAAUGCUGUGUACUUAUUUAAACCUCUGGAACAACCGGAUCACCAAAAGGAGUGAUGCUAUGUCAUGACAAUAUCCCAUGGACAGCCCACCAUGCAAGCAGGGCUGGAGAUAUGUGGCCA